CCACUUCGCUGUCUCCUCACGCCACCACCGCAGGCCGCAGCAGGCAGCCAUGGCGGCGGCCUCCUCCGUCCGCCUCCUCGCCGCGGCCGCGGUCACGGCCGCGGGGCACCGGUGCGCCGCGUUCGCGCGCGUCCCGGUGGCCGCCUCCCUCUCCUUCCCCCGCGGCCACCCCGCGCCAUUCCGCGGCCGCGCCGCCGGCCUCUCCUGCUCCGCCUCCGCCGCGGCCUCUCUCUCCCUCCCCUCCUCCUCCGGCCCGCCUCCGGGCUCCCUGCCCUUCAACCUCCUCCCGCCGGACUCCGAGCCCUUCAUCGAGUGGGACCCUCCCCCGGGCGACUCCGCCGCCUCGCCGCUCGGCGGGGGCGCCGGCGAGGGCGCCACGCUGGUCGUGCUCCUCGGCUGGCUCGGCGCGCGCCAGAAGCACCUGCGCCGCUACGCCGACCUCUACCGCGAGCGCGGGGUCGGCGCGGUGCGGUUCGUGGUGCCCGUGCGCGAGCUGCUCGGCCUCGACCUGGGCCGCCGCGUCGAGCGCAGGGUCGCUGACCUCUCCGCCGAGAUCGCCGCAUGGUGCGACGCCGACCGCCGACGCACGCUCCUCUUCCACACCUUCAGCAACACCGGGUGGCUCGCCUAUGGUGCCGUACUGGAGAAUCUACAAUCCAGAGCUGACAUAACUGAGAGAAUAAGAGGAUGCAUUGUAGACUCUGCACCAGUUCUAGAGAUAAGACCAGAGGUCUGGGCUGCUGGGUUCUCUGCUGCAAUGUUGAAGAAAAGUAGUUCCAUGACAGGACCUUCAACUGAAUCUCUUGAUGGGCCUAUUGUAAAUGGCAGCUUGAACAGAGUUAGCUCUAAUGUCAUGCGACCAUCAUGGGGGGAAUGCUUUAUUCUGUCAACUCUGCAGAAAUUCUUCGAGAUUGUCCUUUACGUGCCUGAUAUAAACACGCGACUGCGCAAGGUUCUGUCAGUUCUUUCAGACAAGCAGCCUCCAUGCCCCCAGUUCUAUCUGUACAGCUCAGCCGAUCGAGUGAUACCAGGUGAAUGUGUUGAGAGCUUCAUGGACUUGCAGAGAUCGCUAGGGCGGAGCGUAUUCGCCCACAAUUUUGUCACCUCGCCCCACGUGGACCACUACCGGAGCUUCCCUCACGUCUACUCUGCCAAGAUUGACGAGUUCCUGAAGAUCUGCUCCACAGUCAAAGUAUCAUAACCGGACCUGCAUUCAAACUAACAGGCCUGUCGAACAACUUCAUGAUUUUGGUUGUAUUAUCGAGCUGUAGCCACCAUCAUAUCACCCUGUGAGGUACAGAUAAUCCGUCAAAUAUCGAAGACCUGGAGGAUGCUCUUAAGUCUUAUUGAAAGAAAUAGGUGCGAGUAAACCUUUUUCGUGCUCCUCUUUUUGCUACCCUUGUUAUAAGAACAGAACUCUGUUUUCCCCUCUUGAUUGUAGGCUCCUGGAGAAGAAUAGUGAAUUGUAUCCUGAUUUCUUGAACGCGAACUGUACCCUAGCUGAAAGCCAUUGUGUAAAUCGGAAGGUACUUGGAAGUUUCAGGGUGCCUGAAUUUGAGACAUGUAAACAUGUACUCGUUUUCCAUCA